GAAUUUUAUAACGUCUCACAUCUUGUAUACACUUCCGCAUAUAAAAACAAACAGUGAAUAUUUUGUCAAUAAAAAAGUGAAAAAAAUCAAGGAAUUUAUAUUAUAGUAUACAAUAAUAAUUCAAAUAAAUGAAUUACAAUCAAGGUUAAAAUGAAUAGUGCGAAAAUUGACCAAAAAGCGUACCUUAAACGUUAUCUAUCCAAUGACAAAGAUAAAAAGAAGAAGAAAAAGAAAAAAGAUAAAUCCGCCAGCAAAUCAAACGUUCGAAUAAUAGAUGCCGAUGACUUCAGCUCGCACGUUCAACAUGAAAUCGAGGAUGAGAACGAGUUGUUCGGCUUAGGCGAAGAGGCGCCACAAAUCGUAGGAGUCAUCGAUGAGCGUCCUCCGGAAUUGAAAGCUAAGGAAGAUUUCAGUAGCAGCAAAUGGAAGAAGUUGGCAGCGGACAGUAGCGACGCGUGGGGCAGAAAGGCACCUGGCUUGGUCAAGAAUAUUCCGGCUGUAAGAAUAGGCCAAAGCUCGGCCAGCUUACGACAUGAGAGCUCUCCAAGAAGGGAUAAACGUGGAUCGGAUUCGGACCAAAGCCCUCAGAGAAGGGGUCGAGAACGUAGCACGCCAAUAAGGAACUAUCGUCGGGCUAGCACGAGCCAAAGCCCACCGAGGAAGCCAAGCACAAGUAAGAGAAAAGAUUCGGAUGAAAGUCCACCCAGAAAGAAAGAAGGGGACAAACGUAGAUACGAUUCGGAUCAUAGCCCACUUAGAAGCAAGUCUGAUAGUCGAUCAAGAAGAGACAAAGAUAAAAGUCCACCACGACGUGCUCAUAAGGAUCGAAGACGUAAGAAUUCCGAUGAAAGCCCCCCUAGAGGAAGGGGAUCCGAUUCCGAUCAAAGCCCUCCGAGAAAGCGACAAGAUGACACGCGUCAUGGUAGGACGCGAAUGGAUUCUGGAUCGGACAUCAGUCCACCAAGGCGUUCGAAAAAAUCCGAUCAUGAUCGGGUACGAAUUAAACAAGAGCGAAGUCCAUCUCGGACGUUGGAAUUUAAUUUGCGAAAGGUAAAACAAGAACCUUCUGACUCCGAUGAAAGCCCACCUAGACGAAGACAACGUUCUCCAAGCUCCGAUCAAAGUCCACCCCGUCGGGUGAAACGUGAGCACGAUCAUUCAUCCAGGAGAAUCAAAAGCGAGCGGAGAAGCGAAUCUCCCCAGCCAGGACCGUCCCGAAAGAUGACCACCACAUUGGAUGGAAAGCGCGCUGGACUGCAGGAUGCUCGGGCUUUGAAAGAGGAAACUGAGAAGUUCCGAAGGCGAGAGACCGAACUGUUCGACAACAUGUCCGCCGAUGCAUCCGGGCGAUAUGCCAAAACGGUGACCCGCGAAAAGUCCGGAAAGCGACGGGACGUGGAAGAGGAGUUGCGUAAGGAGUUUGAAAAGCGGAAAAGAGAUGAUAAGAAGAAGGAGAUUUAUACCCGUUGGGGAAAGGGUGUGAAACAAGUAGACGAGUAUAAAACCCAACUGGAGGAGGCAGCUCACGAGAUGAGUAAACCAUUGGCGCGAUACAAAGACGAUGAAGAUUUGGAUGAAUAUUUGAAACAUCAGGAACGCAUCGGUGAUCCAAUGUUGGAAUACAUUCGGAGCAAGAAAAAGGAAAAGGAUCGCCAGGAGGGUCGUCCCCAGAAGCCUGUCUACAAGGGAGCCUUUCCGGACAAUCGGUUCGGAAUUCGCCCGGGUUAUCGUUGGGAUGGCGUGGAUCGAUCCAACGGUUUCGAGAAAAAGUGGUUCGAAAUGAUGGGCAAAAAGAAGGCCGUCGAAGAGGAAGCCUACAAGUACAGCGUGGAAGACAUGUAAUUUGUUGUAAGUAUCUUCUGUUUAAUGCCGUUUAUAUACAAUUUCAAUCAUCUUUAGUUU